GGGGCGGGGGCGGGGCGGCGGCCGUGGGUCCCUGCCGGCCGGCGGCGGGCGCAGACAGCGGCGGGCGCGGGACGUGCACUAUGGCUCGGGGUUCGCUGCGCCGGUUGCUGCGGCUCCUCGUGCUGGGGCUCUGGCUGGCGUUGCUGCGCUCCGUGGCUGGGGAGCAAGCGCCAGGCACCGCCCCCUGCUCCCGCGGCAGUUCCUGGAGCGCGGACCUGGACAAGUGCAUGGACUGCGCGUCUUGCAGGGCGCGACCGCACAGCGACUUCUGCCUGGGCUGCGCUGCGGCACCUCCUGCCCCCUUCCGGCUGCUUUGGCCCAUCCUUGGGGGCGCUCUGAGUCUGACCUUCGUGCUGGGGCUGCUUUCUGGCUUUCUGGUCUGGAGACGAUGCCGCAGGAGAGAGAAGUUCACCAGUAAGUGCGCCCUGGCUUGCCCCGCCCUGUCAGCACUCGACCUUUUCUCUGCCCCUGACGACCCCACCUCUUAUCUUGCAGCCCCCAUAGAGGAGACCGGCGGAGAGGGCUGCCCAGCUGUGGCGCUGAUCCAGUGACAAUGUGCCCCCUGCCAGCCGGGGCUCGCCCACUCAUCAUUCAUUCAUCCAUUCUAGAGCCAGUCUCUGCCUCCCAGACGCGGCAGGAGCCAAGCUCCUCCAACCACAAGGGGGGUGGGGGGCGGUGAAUCACCUCUGAGGCCUGGGCCCAGGGUUCAGGGGAACCUUCCAAGGUGUCUGGUUGCCCUGCCUCUGGCCCCAGAACAGAAAGGGAGCCUCACGCUGGCUCACACAAAACAGCUGACACUGACUAAGGAACUGCAGCAUUUGCACAGGGGGGGGGGUGUCCUCCUUCCUAGAGGCCCUGGGGGCCAGGCUGACUUGGGGGGCAGACUUGACACUAGGCCCCACUCACUCAGAUGUCCUGAAAUUCCACCAUGGGGGUCACCCUGGGGGGGUUAGGGACCUAUUUUUAACACUAGGGGGCUGGCCCACUAGGAGGGCUGGCCCUAAGAUACCGACCCCCCCAACUCCCUAAAGAGGGGAGGAGAUAUUUAUUUUGGGGAGAGUUUGGAGGGGAGGGAGAAUUUAUUAAUAAAAGAAUCUUUAACUUUAAA